ACUGCUUGGUGGUGGGUGAAUUGGCACGCCGCGCCGCGACGCCACCAGCAACGUUAGCUUCUGCGUGUGGCCGUGGGCGCCCGCUCGCGGCAUGACGACCGCCACCGCCAUCGUCGCCGGCCAUGGCCUCGCCCUGCGCCGGAGCCUCUCGCUCCCUAACUCUCCAGGGAGACCCACCUCGGUCUCCCUCUCCGCGCGGUCCCUCCCACACUCACGCCAACGCAUGAUUGUUCCGGCCAGCCCGUCGCCGCGGCCGUGCCGGUGCCGGUCCAUCUCCUCCGAGAGCUCCACCGCCGCCUCCGCCGCGGCUGACACCGCCGAAGAAGAGGCGGAUCCCGAGAACACCGACGUCGAGGAGGGGGAUGAGGUGGUGGACCCGCAGGCGGAGGUGUGCUACCUGGACCCCGACGCGGACCCGGAGGCGAUCCGGGAGUGGGAGCUGGACUUCUGCUCGCGGCCCAUCCUGGACGCGCGGGGCAAGAAGGUGUGGGAGCUCGUGGUCUGCGACGCCACGCUCUCGCUCCAGUUCACCCGCUACUUCCCCAACAACGCCAUCAACAGCGUCACGCUCCGCGACGCGCUGGCCUCCGUGUCCGAGGCGCUGGGCGUGCCGAUGCCCGACCGCGUCCGCUUCUUCCGGUCGCAGAUGCAGACCAUCAUCACCCGCGCCUGCGGCGAGCUGGGCGUGAAGGCGGUGCCGAGCCGGCGGUGCGUGUCGCUGCUGCUGUGGCUGGAGGAGCGGUACGAGACCGUGUACAGCCGCCACCCGGGGUUCCAGGCCGGCACCAGGCCGCUGCUCGCGCUCGACAACCCGUUCCCCACCACGCUCCCCGAGAACCUCUUCGGCGACAAGUGGGCGUUCGUGCAGCUCCCUUUCUCCGCUGUACGAGAGGAGGUGGAAUCACUGGAGAGGAGGUACGCAUUCGGUGCGGGGCUCGACUUGAACCUGCUGGGGUUUGAGCUCGAUGACAGCACGCUGGUCCCUGGAGUCGCCGUGGAAUCAUCUCGCGCCAAGCCUCUAGCUGCGUGGAUGAACGGUCUGGAGAUCUGCGCGAUGGAGGCGGACACGGGCAGGGCGAGCCUGAUCCUGUCGGCGGGGGUGUCGACCCGGUACAUCUACUCCGGGUACCAGAAGACCCCCGCGGCGACGCAGGAGGCGGAGGCCUGGGAGGCGGCCAAGAAGUCCUGCGGCGGCCUCCACUUCCUGGCCAUCCAGGAGAACCUCAACUCCGACGGCUGCGUCGGGUUCUGGCUCCUCCUCGACCUGCCCCCGCCGCCUGUAUGAUGUUAUCCGCCAGAUGCUUAGCCUGUACUGUACCCUGAAUUUUGCAGGAAAAAAUGGAUGUAGCAUGUGUAGUGCCAGUACAAGAUUCUUGGGAUCGGUAUACAAGAUUUCGUUUUCCCCUUUUGCUUUUC